GAGGUGGGGGGGGCAAGGCGCGCGCCGGCGGCCGGGUGGCCCUGGGGUAGCCCCCAAACGCCCCUCGAAUUCCCUGGAGGAAGUGGCUGGGACGGGUGGCGAAGGGCCGGAGGACAGGGCCGCGGACCCCUCCAGCCCCACAGCGGGAGGGUGUGUCAGUCCGUACCCCCCUUCCCCCCACUCCUAGUACCGGCGGGUGGAGGGGGGGGGGUGUUGCAAGAAGCCGCGGCGGCGGCAGGAGGAAGUGGCCACGGAGGCAGCGGCUGAGAAUAGCGGGCUCCCAGCGGCGGCCUGGAGGAGGAGGGGAGGAUUCUUUUUGCUCUGAGUCCCGGUUCCUGUUCGGUGAGUGGAGAUCUUGGCUGUGUGAACCUUGGAGAGACACGUCCUUGCCUGGCGCGAGAGCCCCCAUCCACCUCCUCUGCAGCACCCCCAUCGAAGGACGAAGAUGCAGACCUUUUUGAAGGGGAAAAGAGUUGGUUACUGGCUCAGUGAGAAGAAGAUCAAGAAGCUCAAUUCGGCCUUUGCCGACCUGUGCAGGAAAAGGGGCAUAGAAGUUGUGCAGCUCAACCUUAGCAGACCAAUUGAGGAGCAAGGCCCACUCGAUGUGAUCAUACAUAAACUAACUGAUGUCAUCCUAGAAGCCGAUCAGAAUGACAGCCAGUCCUUGGAGUUGGUUCACAGAUUCCAGGAAUAUAUUGAUGCUCACCCUGAGACCAUCAUCCUGGAUCCCCUCCCUGCCAUUAGAACCCUUCUAGAUCGAUCCAAAUCUUAUGAACUUAUUCGAAAGAUUGAAGCCUACAUGAAAGAUGAACGAAUCUGUUCCCCACCUUUCAUGGAGCUCACUAGCUUAUGUGGAGAAGACACCAUGCAGCUUCUGGAGAAAAAUGGACUGGCCUUCCCAUUCAUUUGCAAAACCAGAGUGGCUCAUGGCACCAACUCUCAUGAGAUGGCCAUCAUCUUCAACCAGGAAGGUCUCAGUGCCAUCAAGCCGCCUUGUGUGAUUCAGAACUUCAUCAAUCACAAUGCUGUCCUGUACAAGGUGUUUGUGGUGGGCGAGUCCUACACUGUGGUACAGAGACCGUCUUUGAAGAACUUUUCUGCAGGAACGUCAGACAGAGAAUCAAUAUUCUUCAACAGCCACAAUGUGUCAAAACCAGAGUCAUCUUCCGUCUUAACAGCACUGGACAAAAUCGAAGGUGUGUUUGAGAAGCCCUCGGAUGAGGUCAUCAGGGAGAUUUCCAAGGCUCUCCGGCAAGCGCUGGGUGUAUCACUGUUUGGCAUAGACAUUAUUAUCAACAAUCAGACCGGACAACACGCAGUCAUUGAUGUCAAUGCAUUCCCAGGCUAUGAGGGUGUAACUGAGUUCUUCACUGACCUCUUGAACCACAUAGCCGCAGUCCUGCAAGGCCAGAACCUGGAGGUGACCCCACUCAACCACAACAAGCUCCUGACUGACCCAUCUGGUGGCCUUGCGGGUGAGCGGACACGUGGCACCAGUACAGGGUGCUGCAGCAGCAUGAUGGGCAAAGACUCCUCUUGGAUCGUGGAGAGUGAGACCAACAGCUCGGUGAAACUGCAGCACCAGAGACUAGGGUGCAACACUGCUGUGUCCCCCAGCUUCCAACAGCACUGUGUGGCAACGCUGGCCACUAAAGCAUCCUCCCAAUAGCUGGUGGCACCAUGGACCAGGGCACAAGCAAAGGGCCCAUCUAGAAUCACAAUAAUGAGGCAAGCAACUUAGAAGAGUUCCACCUAGUAAUACAAAUUUCCAUUGAUUAUUUUUUUAACCUGAUUUCCUGAUGCAGUGAUCUAAAAGGAGGGUGGGGGGAACCCAUAGUGAUCAGAGUGGGAGAAAAUGGGAUGUUUCACCCACUUCCAUUUGCAAAUCUUUUAACAAGUUUACACACACUUGUGUUUUCAACACUAGACCUUAAUGUGUGAGAUGGUUGUUUUUUGCUUUUGAUGAUUUAUUUUGUGGCUUCUCGGUGUGAGAGAAAGUGUGUGUGUGUGUGUGUCUGUGUGUGUGUCUGUGUCUGUCUCUUUGUGUGUGUGUGUGUGUGUGUCUUUGUGCACGUAUGUGCAAAAUUACAUGUGGUUAUUCCCCCUUUAUAAACUGUAAUUGACUACCAUGGGCCAACCUGUGUGACCUUUAACAAGUUAUUUCACCUGUCUAAGCUUUAGAUUCCUCAUGUAUAAAUUGAGGGGGUUGGGCUCAAUCUCUAAGGUCCUUUAAGCCCUUAUGAUCCUAUGUCUUAAAUCCAGACUUCUGGCAUCAGAGGCCAAGGUUGAAAUUGUAUGUGAAUGUCAUAAUUUAAAGAGAGGUUGGAGUUAUUAUAGAUGGCUUCAUCUUCUCUUUUGAUUACCCACCUACUCCCUUAGUCAUGGUCCCCUCUUUCUCCUUUGGUCCCAGUCCUGCUUUUGCCCUACCACACAAUGCCAGUAGGAAAAUGACCUGUGCAGUGUCUAUCUGCUGGGCAGGAGGAGAUGAGUGGGUUGCAUUUGCCCUCUCUGCCCUGCCAUAACUCAUAGAGAGACCACCCAAAAUGACCCUCAGAGGUUAUAAAGUGUGCAGGUUUCUGUAGGAGGUACCCCUCUGAGUAGACCCUUUCAGGAAAGGAAUGGGAAGGCAUAAGGAAUCUUUCCAAUUCUGCUUUGGAAUAGCUUCUAGAAUGGUUAACUUUAGUGCCAAUUGAAAGAUUUUCUGGCUUCCCUCAGAGACAUUCUCUGCACACCCAGCCAGACCCAUCAUUCAACAAUUUUAUAACUUGCUGCAGAUAUGAGAGGACUCAGGUUCUAGUCCCAGUUCUUCCACUAACUUUCUGUGUGACCUUUUGAGACUCACCUUCCUUCUCUGGGCUUUAAUUUUCUUCUCUUUGGACAAGAAUGAUUCCUUUAAAGAUUCAGUCUUGCCAUAAAAUACUAUGAUUCUGUGAAGCAUUCCUAGAUCUUGAAUAAGUUAAGGGAGAUGGGUAAACUCAUUAGCAUAAUCGAGGGGCAUAACUGUUCUCUUUUAGGUCUCUCUCCCUCUCCCCCCCCCCCCAACAGACUCUGAAAAUAAGGCUAUAUAUUGUUUUUCAGUGUCAUCCAUCCAUGGCGUACAUUGUAAACCAGAGCAGUCUGGUUAACACUGACCCAUUGAAAGACUUGUGGCAGAGUCCAUAAACUGUACCUUGUAGUCUAUAGCAUUUCAACCCAGUGUCUGCCAUUUCUUAACUUUCAGCUGUUCUUGCAAAUCCUGAACACUAAGUUGACAGUCAAAGGUUUAAUUGGCAAGAAGUUGAUUUUGUUCCCCCUCUUCCCUCAAUACAAGGUCUAGGAACAGCCUAAAAGAAUCACUUUGACGAGUAGCCAAACUAACACCACACUGUAAAUUACUGUUCCCAGUCCAGACUAUACUGCAGAUGAGCAAAAUGCUUAAAUUCUCUUCUGUAACCUCCCACCCCCAUCCUGAUCUCCUUGGAACUUUGUCCAGACCAAGGAGACAGAGCAGAGAGUUGGAGUGGUGGUGGAAGGUGAAGGACACAAAGAAGCAGAAGAAGAAUCCAUUUUCUAAGUUUAUAGGUUAUCAAAAAUAAGGACUUUGAGUAGAAAAAGUUUUGUGGACCAUUACAGAUGCUCUGGGCUGCCCAAUGGGGCCAGCUCUUCUAAACCUUUGUUUGGCCAUCCUUUCCCUGCCCCCAAGCUCAAGUGGUGAGGGGGGGGGUGUGUGGCGAGUGGGGAGUUAUCUCAUUUUUUCAAAACAUUCUCAAAGAUUUGUUAUGAUGUGUGGUGAUAUAUAAACGUUCUCCCCAGAUGACUUUUUUUUGAUGACUUUUUGAUGAUUUUCUUUGUCAAAUCUUUUUUUUUUUUUUUGAGUUAAAUAGUAAGCUCUAAAUGCUUUUUUAGAAGAGAAAAAAAUAUUUGGAUCUUCUUCUGAUUCAUACACAGUGAGGACAUCCUGGACGAGAUUCUGCCAUUGUAAGCUCUAUAUGGUACUGAGUUAAGCAAGGGAGGGACAAAUGAGAUGAUGUGUGAAGCACUUUGCAAACCUUUAAGCGCUAGAUGAAUGCUAGCUAAUCCCCUCUUGGAAAAAAUCCACAUGCCCCAGUUGGGCAGUGGUGGGGAAGGGGACAGGGGUUGGGGUUGAGGGAGGGAGGAAGAGUGAAAGGAUGGACCUAAUUGAAACUGUCACGCUUUCUAGGAACUUGAGAGCUUUCCAGCUAACCAUGUUUACAUGACUUCAAAGCAUUAGAUCCAGUUUUAAUGUCUGUAUGCUGUUCUUAGCUCUACCUUUGAAUCAGAGUGGAUUAAUCUGGCUUGCCUUGGAAAGUUUGGUUAGCCGAUUUUGCACUGUCUUGUUUCUCCAAAAUAAACUACUGAAAUGUAAUUGUAUUUUAUACUUGUUUA